AACCAGAGGGCAGGAUGGAAAAUGCUCCUCCUUCUCAUACUGUGCCUGCUACGAGGUUCUUCUUUGUCCCCUCCACACAGAGGACCCCAUCUCAGACGACUGCUGGAUGGCUCUCUCCCCUCCGGAACCCACCUGUGGGCCGUUGAAACACCUUCCUCACCCCUGUGCUGGCGGGAGAGCUCCUUGGCAGUUGCAAAUGCAUUGAAGGGCCCGAGGCUGGUGUCUGGGAAGCCCGGGGGAGCUGUCACCAUCCGGUGCCAUUAUGCCCCCUCCCCGGUCAACAGGCACCAGAGGAAGUACUGGUGCCGCCUGGGACCCCCAAGGUGGAUCUGCCGCACCAUCGUGUCCAGCAACCGCUACACUCACCAUCGCUAUCACGGCCGUGUGGCUCUAGCGGACUUUCCACAGAGAGGCUUCUUCGUGGUCCGGCUGUCCCAGCUGUCCCUGGAUGACGUGGGGUGCUACCACUGCGGCAUUGGAGACAGAAGCACCACACUGUUCUUCAGCAUGAAUCUGACCGUCUCUGCAGGUCCUUCCGGCACCUUCCCCACAGCCACUCCAGCUUCUGGGGAGCUUGCCCUGAGAUCCUUUGGAACAGCCUCUCCAACAGCCAACAACAGAUGGACCACAGGACCCACCCAGACCACAGAAGGACAGGGGACAGAAUGGGACAGAGUUGCCCCAACUCCAGGAGCCAGCACAGCCACAGCUUCAGCUAAGGGAAGACAAACCCCAGGAACGACCGGGACAGCAGCUCCAGGGACAGGCGUCUGGGUGGAGGCUUCUGUCGAGGCAACAGCUCCCGUUCCAGAGAGUCCAGCUUCACUAACCAGCAGCAUGUCCAACACAACAGAAGGUGUUUGGAUGUGGGGCACGAGAAGCUCAAUGACAAACAGGGCUAUUGUCAGCAAGGACAGGAGGGAGAUGACAACCACCCAGGCCGACAGGCCAACGGUGGAAACAGAGAGGGCCAGGAUAUCUGUGGAUGCAGCCAGAAAGGUCAUAGGAACCAGCAGGCCAUCAGCUCUGGCCUCAGAAAAACUGCCCCGGGAAACACCACGAGAAGCAACACCAGUUUCUAAGCAACGAUUCCUGGGCUCCAUUGAAGGAACAAGCCCAGCUGCAGGAGUGUGGACCUUGGGAACCACCAGCAUAGAGACUGCAUCUGCGGAGGCAAGCGCAGAAGGGGACCUAGACACUGCGGCUGGAGACAGUGGUCCCCAAGCAACGCCGAGCCAGGCCCCUGCAGCAGGCCCCCUGAGACCCCCCGGCAAAGAGUCAUCUGUGAAGAGUGCUCUUCCAGAAAAGAGCAGCUCUCGCAUCGCGACUCCAGUCUCUACCAUGCUGGCCCCGUUCGUGCUUGCGGCUCUGGUUCUAUUGCAAAGGAAGCUCCGGAGCAGGAGGACCUCUCAGGAGGCAGAAAGCACACCAGGGGUCACCCUGAUUCAGAUGACACGUUUCCUGCAGCCAAGCCCCCAGCCAGACCAGCUGCCCCACGUGGAAAGGAAGAUGCUCCAGGAUGACUCUCCUCCUGCCCAAGCCAGCCCGACCGUCCCAGAGAGGGACCCGGGGCCCCAAGAAGUGGAAAGAUAA